CCUUUGAUUCCAUAAUCUCGAAAAUGCUCUUGUGGUGGAUCGACGUCGCCGUGAGCACUGCCAAAGAAGUGCUCUGGUAUCUUCAAAUUUGUCCUCCUCCGAAGCCUCUGGAUCAUCCCCAGGUCUCUCCGCCAUCUGAGGCGCCUCAAGAGAAGCCUCCGCCUCCUCCCACAGAGAUUGUCAUCCCGAGCCCAGCACCGUCGUUAUUUGCACUCAUCAUCGGCAUUGACGAGUAUAAAGACCCAGGGGUCCCUAAUUUAUCGGGGGCUGUUGCCGACGCGAAUCAUGUAGAGAAGUUCUUGGUUGACGUUGUCCGCGUCAAGCCUGAAAACAUCAAGCACUUGCGCAAUGAGGAGGCCACACGACACGUCAUUAUUGAAGAGAUCUUUCGCAUGGAAAGUGAUGCUCGAAUCAAGAAGAAUGAUCCCAUCCUCAUCUUCUUCGCUGGCCAUGGUGCUUUUGGCAAGGUAGAAAGCUCGAGCGAGAAAAUCUCAAUGCUCGUCCCUUAUGACUUUAAACCCGUUUGCACAAAGGAAGAGGAGGGGCAGGGUGUGUUGGAUAUCACGUUAGAAAGACUCCUUGCGAACCUGGCAGACAUGAAGGGCGACAACAUCACCGUGACUUUUGACUGCUGUCAUUCUGGUUCGGGUACUCGAACUGACGAAUAUGAUCCUACUUACGCGGUGCGCAGCGUUGACCUUCCUCCAGACUAUAUGAUCCCCGACUACAUCCUAUCCAAUGCGCGCGCCACAAAGGUUCCUGACAAAUUCGCCAUGGCGGGUCUUGCCUCCCACGUCUUGCUUUCGGCCUGUAAAGAGCAGGAAUUUGCGCAAGAGAGAGACGGACGUGGAGUGUUCACGAAGGCGUUGCUCGGCCAACUGGAAAACUUGGGGAGCGUCGACAAAAUUACCUACCAGACCCUUAUUGCUCGUCUGCCUGAUCUCGGAGUCGCACAACACCCUCAGUGUGAAGGCAUUAACCAGUCACGAAUAUUGUUCGAUGCAAAGGCUCAAAAACCCGAACGCGUGCUGUAUUCACUUCGAAAGCUGUCGGGAGACUCGGAAGUGUAUGUUCUGGAUGCCGGAGAGGCCAUUGGAAUAAAGGAAGGCUCCCAGUUCACGGUCUUCAAGGACCUGAAUGUGGAUUCUACACCUGUCGGUGCUCUCGUUGCACACGAGACGUCGCCUUUCACCACUGUCAUGCGGCGUACGCCAGAUAGUCCUUCGUUUGAGCUUGACAAACAGGGCUUUGCGCUGCAGACCCUGGUGGGGAAUGGCGAGGAUUUACGUUUAUCCAUCGAAUUGAACUCGAGGCUUCUCGAUGUAUUCCAGAGUGUCAAGGACGAGAUGGGGAGAACAGACGCUGCUAAGAGAGGAAUCAUUCUCGUCGAGGAAGAUGAAAAUCCAGAUCUGAUUGUGGCAGUCGAACACAACGAGGUGGUGUUCAAUAUCACUGACCCUACUUGCAAGAAGUAUGGUUUGGAGCGCAUGCCGUUCGAAGUUCCCAUUGACAUCUCCAUCAUUUACCCCAUCCUUCGGGGCGCCGCGGACUUCUACUGGCUUCUCCAUCAUACGAGCAAGACCAAUGAAGGCCUCCUGGCGAAGAACGUCAAGCUGGAAUGUUUCUGUCUCCAGAAGACCGGAAAGUGGGACAAGAAAUUGAAGCCCCUUCUGGCGCCGAAAGGAGACAAUUUGAUUCAAGACAACGGAGUAAUGAACAUUUUUGUUGACGACAAGAGCAUCUACGGCUUCAAGAUCACAAAUGAAUGGAAGGUCCCGCUUUAUGCUGCCUUGUUCUAUCUUGACUCAAGUGAUCUGAGCAUCACCCCGUAUUACUUACCUCCAACUGCGAAGGCGAAUUUGGUGGACGAAUCACUUCCGGCGAAUGACUUCCUGACGAUCGGUUACGGGUCGGGUGGCGGGAGGCCGAGAGAAUAUUACUUGAGACCAAGUCAGGACGUCGACAUUGGGUUUUUAAAGCUACUGGUUUCGACGAAAUACGUUGAUUAUUCAAAUUUGAAACAGUCAUCCCCGUUUCCUCAAGGCCAUCGUGCAGAUGUGGUGUAUCAGUCGGAAAGACGGCCAGCGUUAUGGGACACGAUACUGAUCACAGUCGUUCAGCGAAAGCGAAAGAGUGCAUAGCCGCGGAAAUUAGAUGUCGUAUUGGGAUCCUACGAGCAUAGUUGUACGAAUAGCAAAUGUUGAACUAUCGAAGCAGCAUGCUUUCAGU